UUUGGGUUUUUUUUUAAGCAUGGUCUAUACCGGUUUGUGAUUGGUGCAUUUUUGUGUCUAUGGGCGGGGCGUUUGGGAAAUUAUCCGCUGCGAUUGGGGUAGAGCAGUGAAGUCCAGAAGGAGAGCUGGGGAGUAGCUAGAAACUAUUCGAAGACUUGCGGGGUUUAAAACGCUUCAGAGGACUUGAGGUGAGAGGAAACUGGUGAACCCGGAGGAAACCCACGCAGGCACAGGAAGAUAAAGUGUACCGCAGUGCCGUCUGCAUCCGUCGAUCUGACCGUAAAUUUGCUGAACAGAGCCAUCAGGGGGCGAUGGCUGACAACAGCAGCACCAAUGGCAACAGUUGGACCAUUCUUGCUCCAGAGGAGUCUGGAGUAGAGAGCAUGGGUCCUCUGUCUGAAGGUCAGGGAGAAGUGGAUGCAGCUCCCACACAAUCAUCAGCGCUCUCGGACACUCCCGCAGAGCAAACUCACCCUCCUGAUCCUCCACAGGUAACGCCACUAGAGAGCAGUGAAACCGCAGCUGUUUUACACAGUACCACUGUGAAGCAGGACACGGCGUCCAGCAUCCCUGCUCAUGUUGAAAACCUGACCUCCUUGACCACUGACCUUGAAGAGCCAGGAGCCUCUGGUGAUGGCUCUGAAAGCCAACCGCUUAUUGAUACAGAAUCAUUCUCUGACUCUUACACACACAUCAGCCCUUCACCUGUGUCCGCAUCACUCCCUGGAGCCUCAGAAGAAGAAGAAGAAGAGGGGCUUUCACACGGGGAAGAGAAGGGUGAGCUGAGGAAGACUCUGAGAGAAGAGUGUAAGCCAGAAGAGAAGGGGAACGAGGGUGAUAGUCUAAGGAGGAGGAAUCUCUCUGUCCUGACCCCUUUGUACCAUCGAGAGGACGAGGAGGAGGAGGAGGGUGAGGAAGAGCAGUUCAGACAUCCACAGAGAGAAGGAGAAGGAGACAUCGGGUUCAGCUUGAACAAGUGCAUUUUUGGAGCGCUCAUCCUUCUAGGCCUGGGCACCUUAUUCUUUUCUGGUGUUCUCAUGGAUCUGGAUGAUGAAGGAGAUGCUGAUGCCAAGGACGUGAACUAUCCAGAUGUAAAAAAGGAGUGGUUGAAUCCUGAUGCUCAAGGAGAUGUACCUGGAGGUGUCCAGCCACCAGAAAUACUGGACAAACUGGCCAAGGAGAACCAGCAAAUUGCAAGCUUACAGGCAAGGCUUCAGGAACAGGAAGUGGAAUUAAAGGCUGCACAACUGCAAGCGGAGGAAGGCACCAAGGAGAGACUGAGGAGGGAGGAGCUGGAAGCAGAAAACCAGAGGAUGAGAGGAGAGUUGGAUAAACUGCCUGCCCUUCAGAAAGAGUACGAGCAAGAGAGUGAAAGGGUAAAGAGAGAGAGUGAGAGAGUAAAUAAGGAGCUUGAAGCACUUCCAGCUAUGCAGAAAGAGCUGGAUCAUCUAAAAGAGAAAGUUACGGAGCUCACUCAGAGUACAGUGAUUGUGCAAGCUGUGACGCCCUCUGCUGGACAUGAAGAGAUGCCUAGUAGUCAGGAGAGGAAAGAGAGAAAGGAUAAAAAAGCUUGGGAUAAAGAGAGGACAGAGAAAGAAAUUAGGACAGAAAAGAAAAAAUGGAAGAAGGACAAGAACAUAAAGGUAGAUGAGCAAGAAGGCAAGGGAAAAAGCACAAAGGACCAUAAAGAGUGGGAGAAAGAAGAAGUCAAGAAAGGGAGGCGUAAGGGAGAAGGGAAAAACGGGCAAAAAGACCACAAGCAAGAGGAUGCCCAAAGUUUGAAGCUUGUUGAUGAAAAAAGAGAGCUUAGGGAAAGGACUGGGAAAAAAGAGAGGAAGGAAGAUAAAAAGUGGGAAAAGGAGAAACAUGGAGAAUUUGUUGACCGAAGGUGGGAAAAACGAGAGAAAGGAAAAGAAGAUAAGGAAUGGAAGCAAAAGAGUGCGCAAAAAGACUGGAAAGAAGAGAAAGAAUGGAAGAGGGGUAAGCAAGCUAGUCGGGAUGAAGAACGGAAAGAGACGAGUGAAAAAAAGAAGGAUUGGAAAGAGAGAAAGGAAUGGGGUGAUGACAAAGAGAGAGGAGCAUCAGGUGAUGAAAAGUACAGCGAUAAAAGCCCAAAGGAGAAAACUAGGAAAGGCAAGAAAGAUCAUCACGACGGAAACAGUGAAAGAAAAGAAAGGGAGGGGAAGCAUCGGGGUGGGAAACAGAAAGACAAACCUAAAAGUGGAGAGAGAGCAGAAGGAUGGGAGGAGGAGAAAAAAUACAAAGACAAGAACCAUAAAAAAGAGGAAAAGCUGAGCAAAAAAGGCAAACAUGAGGCAUCGCACCAUUCAUACAGUGACAAACAGCACAGCAAAGACCACGUGCACGUCGACUACUGGGCCGAACAGAGGGAGAAGAUCCGUCACUAUUACGGCUCGACAGAAGGGUGCGCUGACGUGACGGCUUGUGCACACGAGGAGGGGCUUGCUCCUGUUUCUCAACGGGCAUUUGAGGCGUUCAUCUCGGGCUAUUUGACGAAACUUCUAGGACCCAAGGACCAAACUUCCAGAAAAGAGGAACUGAGCAAGCUGAUCGGCGAGUUCUUCACUGACGGAGUCUUCGUCCAUGACCAGAUACCAUUCAGCGAGUUUGUGGAGGAUGUGGAGGACAUUUUGGAAGACAUGGCAGAAGGAGAUGACGAUGACGACGAUGAUGAUGAUGAUGAUGAUCAGCUAGAGAAUGAGAUGAAGGGAUUUGCAGCAGAAGCAAUGGGGAAAUUUGUGCUUCGGGAAAAAGAGGGGAAUGAAGUGAAAAGAGGGGGAAGUGGAAGGAAAAGGGGUAAAGGGGCGAAGGGUUAGCAAUAUAGACAAGAUCUUGAUUAAAGUAUGUUGUGUAGUUCUUCCUCUGAAGUGUAAAGUAAUAUGAGGGUUCCACAUUUACAUGCACCUGUUUGAUUCAAUACAAGGAAGUCUAAGCACUGCUACUGUACAACUGUUUCCAAGCUGUAAACAUGAGAUAGAGAGAGUGUGUGUGUGUGUGUGUGAGAGAGAGUGUGAGAAAUGAGACACUUCCUGUUAUUGACUGAGUGGUCCAAUACUUUGAGUUGUUUUUUUAUUUUUUUUAUUUUAGGUUUUAGUCUGUUAUUGCCCAUAAACAUGCAUCUGUCAACCACAUAAAAUAGAACAAGCUUUAAUAUAGGUUAGCUUUUUCAUUGCAAAGAUAGGGUUGCUUUGCUAUUGCUUCACGGAAUGUACACUGUGUGGCUAAAUGUUUGUGGACACUUCA